CUUUCCAUUUUCAAGUUCUAUAAAAAAACCUAUUUUGUAUUUUUACGUUUUUGGAAGGGGAGAAACUAGACAGAUGUAAAAGGAGAUAAAAGCAGAAGACCAGAAAAAAGGGCCAUUCUAACUCUGUAGAGUGAGUAGCUGAGGAAAGCGUUUUGAGUGAAAUGAUAUUAUUACACUUACGAUGCUAUCCUGCUUAUCCUACACCACCUAAAUUGAGCCAAGAGCUUAGCAAAAACCCAACUACAUAUCCAUCUUCAAGUGUUCUUCUCUGUUCCUCGGAAUGCAAACUCAAGCUAAGCUCCAAAGCUUCUUUCCAGUGUUCUUGCACCGAAAAGGAGAACACCCAUGAAGCCUCUUCUCAGGGCUUCUCGGCACUGUCAACAGAUAUUCCAUGGGAUAGUGGGAGUAUAUGGAGCACCAUGGCUUUUUAUAUGUUUAUUUUGCACAUUCCUUUGAGUUUUGGAGGGUUGUCUGUGGUUGCUAAGAUUUUGCAUGAACCUCAUCUUGAUCCACAGACUGAAAUAUUAUCACUGCUUGCAGUUCAAAUUCUAGAGCUCAUUGGGACUCUGUUUCUACUACAGUGGACUGCUAAGCCACAAUAUAAGUUUAUAAACUUCUUUAAAACUAACAAGUUAUCAAAAGAGCGGAACUGGUUGUUGGCAGCAGUACUAGGAUGUGGGUUUCUGUUUCUGUUGGUUUUCAUUACAUCAAUCCUUGCCGACAGAUUGAUUGGGCCCAAGGUAUCUCGCGAGUAAGCUUCCCUCGAAGUGAUGCAUGUGCCCUGCACAUGACUAGAACAUGAAGAGUCAGGACAAGAUAGAGACAGCUGGUUUUCGCGAGUGUUUCGCAGGUAAGGCCUUCCCGUGAGACACCCGCGAAACAUUCUGUUUUGCCAGAUUGUCAUUUCUGAUACACUUUAUCCUUACCCACACUAUAUAUACCCACAUUACCCACAAAUAUUGAGGAGUGCUUUUAAGAGAAAACCCUAACCACAAACCUUGAGAGUUAGAGGUUAUUAUACCCACAAUUCUCUACACAAUUACUUGUGGAUUUUCCUUAACUCCUACCUCUUCAUUUCCAUACCAUUGAGAGGUUGAUAGUCCAAACACUUACCACACCCUUUCAGAGUAUCAAGUGAGGUUUUGGUGCUGCUAGGAAGCAUUGGAAGAAGCCAAGCUUUGGUGGAUGCAAUCGGGUGUAUUGCGGGAUCCGGAGAGCUAGAUAAGACACGGUUCUGAAAAGCCUUGUUGGAGUAGGAGCUUGAAGGGUUUAGGUAGGCUUGGAGGGUCUUUUGCUAUUCAUGUAUCCCAACUGAUUUUCUAGUGGAUCGAUUACCGCUUGGAGGGCGACGGAGAGGUUUUACGCUGAGUACUUUGGUUUCAUCUUCGAAAACACAUUAACGUGUUAUUUUGUGUUUGCAUUUUCUUUCUUACUCUUUUACCUUUCAUUUUAUUGCUGUGUUAUAAUGAUUAUGAGUUAGAGUAGUUUGUUUGUUUA